AUGUUGCGCGGCGUCGCGGCACACGCGGUGUGGCGGCCAAGCACCCACGUGCUCGGUGCGCUUCUUCUUUUCCUCCUUGCGUGCGUGGGCGUCAAUCCUGCUGACGCCCGUGUAACAUCGCCAUUCUCGGACGCGCGUCGCCUGAAUCGGACCUCAAGAGCUCUGGAGUUGCUUGCGAUCAGCGGGUGCGAGCGGCCGUCGCGGCCUGGUAGGAGUCGGGAAACGUACCGAUGUUUCGCCGACAGAGCGUCGAGGCGUCCCGUGACGCUCACAAUCCGUGGACGGGGGUUUCCGCUGGACGCCGCCGUGCGGAUCUGGCUGCGAGAGCAUUCCGCAAUUCCACUCCGCUGCGGGGAGGGAAAAGGGGAGUGUGACUUGAUUAGUAUAGAGUGCGUCAACGUGCGGCGGUCGGCAAUGUUCCCGCAGCAGCUUUUGUCAUGCACGCUUCCACACCCUUCCACGAAGCUCCAACAGAAACCGCACUGGCUCCGGCGGCUCGAACAAGGCGCCAUCUGGAUGGAUGUAGAGCUGCAGCUGAUGACAAGAGAGGUUAUGAAUGCAACCGACACGCAAACUCAGGAACGCGUUACUAUUGGGGUUCUGAGCCGUGCCGUGCAGUUAACUCUUGCCGAGGAUACUUCCAACGCCGGAAUGGACGAGAGCGAUCUUCACACGUUGUCUGAAGACCCCCUGGAACUUCUUUUUCAAAGCAAGGAUGGCUUGUCGGAUGUCCAUAGCCAGUGGCUUGCACUCGGCAUUGGCGGAUUAAGGGGCGAGUUGCAUACACUUUACCGCCGUGUCUUUCUUAGCCGCCUCUCUUCUCUUCGUGGUGUGGUUGAAGCGUUAAAAAUUCCACACGUACGUGGGGUGCUACUGCACGGUCCCCCGGGUAAUGGAAAGACGCUCAUUGCCCGCACCAUUGCCACCUUACUCGAUGGCAGUGCGAGGGUGACGAUUGUCCAUGGAGCCGACAUUCUCUCAAAGUACGUGGGGGAUUCUGAAAAGCAACUGCGAAAGCUCUUUAUGAGUGUUGCUGACGAGGGUGAUGAGGGUGAUGAGGGUGAUGAUAAUGUGCCGGGGAAGAGACACGAGGGGCUGAGAGGAGGAGAGGCGAAGAGGCAACUGCAUAUCAUUAUUAUUGAUGAGAUUGAGUCGCUGUUUAGGCGACGCGGGGGGUCGAGUGAUGAGAGCUCCGCCAAGGCCCUCUACGAUGGUCUGACAAAUGAACUGCUGACGCUCAUGGACGGCUUGGAGGGGGCGGAAAACAUUCUCGUCGUUGGCCUUACCAAUCAGCUGCACGUCAUUGACCGUGCGUUGCUUCGUCCCGGUCGGUUUGAGGUGGUGAUUGAGAUCCCCCCGCCAGAUCUUGAGGGGCGGAGGGAGAUGCUAUUUAUCCACACACGUGAGCUGCGCGCGGGCCACCACCUCGCACCCGAUGUGGACCUGGACCUUUUGGCCACUCGCACCGGGGGGUUUUCGGGGGCCGAUGUUGCCGGGAUGGUCAGGGCAGCCUCGAGCUACGCGUUGGUACGGUACCGCGAUGCUCUUGGGAACACCUUUGCGGAACCCGGCGGUGCGGCCGCCGAAGACGCACGCAACGCGGUACAGCAAUUCCAGGUAUCGAAUGAGGACUUUGAACUUGCUCUGCAGGACGUAUCGGAGGGCAAGGCGCAGACCACGCCAGGGGACCAGCUGGGUGAUAGCUAUUAUAAUAAUAGGAAUGGUGAGAAACAUUUUCCAAUUGUCGACUACGAUGGUUCUUUCAGUCGGAACAAGAAGGUGGCGCGUCGGUUGCUGCAAAGUCUCCUCCGCAGCCGUGUCGCGAGUGCCGCUGUUAUCAUUAUUUACGGUCCACCCGGCACGGGGAAAACCACACUUGCCCUGGAGCUGCUGCGACUUGGGCGCUUUGACCCCGCAGCGUAUCUAACCGGCAGGGUGCUGCACAGUCACUCGCAGGAUAAUCCUUUGGAUGAGAUGCUCGCCACCCUGCGUGGUGCGCUUCACGCCAAAGGGAAUCGCAGCAUCGUAAUUGAGAAUUUAGAGCAUUACCUUCGAGGCAGUGGUCCGAUGGCUGGCGAGGUUUUGAAGUUGGCCCUCCAGGAGUUCAGAGAGGCCACCUACUCACAAUUACCUUCCCACGUUCCUGGGGCCGCGGAGAGCACCUCUUCCCUUGGCAAGCGCUUGCUGAUUUUGACGACCUCCGAGAAAGAGGUUCUGCAUGACUUGAUGCAAAGCAGUUCGUACGAUUUGCUGCUUUCCCUUCGCUUGAUAGAACGCAAAGACCUCAUGCCGUUGUUGCAUCAUUACUUGAUAAUUCCCUCAAAAAUGCCAGCCGCGGACGAGGUGCUACGCGCCUAUCCGCCACGACUUAGCUACCGUCAGUUUCUGAGAAUUACGGAUCUUGCAUUGUGGAGGGCGCAUGAGGCCCAGCAGGGUGCUAGUGCCGCUGGAGAUCACCAGGACGCCGCGUUGUUCUCCAGAGUAAAUGCCCUUUUUCUUCAGGCUGGACGCGGCUCCGUCGGAGACGGCAAUGCGCUUUCUCUCAACAGCAAGGAACAUUUAAGGAAAUUUGCUGCUGCUGUUCAGGAGAUUGUGUCGGCGAUGGGCUUUGUGGACAACUUCCAUGACUUGUUACCGGUGGAUGACACUGUCGACGGGGACGAGAUUUCCUGGUGA